AUGUCUGCACGAGAAGAAGUAACGCUGCCUGCGUCGCGAACGAAAUCUCGGAAAUCACUGGCUCACAUACCUUCGUCGGCCAUGGAUCAGGAGAAUAUGACUACAGAUUUUGGAGCUUUGGCGGCAGGAAAAAAGGCUGCACCGAUUGAAAAACCCGCAAAGAAGUCGCGAAGUAAAAGUAUCGGCCCUGGUGGGUUAGAUGCGCUCAAGGAUACAACUGGGAACCGGCGCAAAUCGUUGGCUACAGUCCCCCACCCUCCUCCGAAAUCGAUCCUCAAACCUACAAUCCCACCACUGCGAGAGAUCCCGGCGCAUAUCUCAAAAAGGAACGGAAGCCCAAAGAAAUCGACCCCGCCCACCCCGCAGGAAGAGUUGUUGAUAGAUUUCAACAUUGAUGGGCCUACUGUCACAGGCGCUGACAGUCUUCCAAACCCAUUUCAAAUUGAAGAUCGUGCGGCUGCUAAUGAGACACGGAUUACUCUACGAACGGAGGAGGAACAGCAAGCUGCGGCGCGCGAACGCGAAGAAAGGGAGAGGCAAGAAUUGGAGAAAGAAAUCAAUUCACGAAGAGAUGCUAGGCGUAAAUCUUUAGCAAAUCGACGCGUUUCAUUUGCACCUGAAGCCACUCUGCAUACUUGGGAUGUUGUCGUUGAAUACCAAGAUUCUACCACCUCAUCAAAUGCUACCAAUUCAACCCGUCGAGCUUCAUCCAUAUCAGGCGAUACUGUCGCGUCGCCGCACCACCAAACCCCGGGCCUCGCAAGUUCUGAUCCUUCAGAGCCACCUUCUACCCCGCCUGAGCAAACCGAGGAGGACACAACCGCUGUCGGCCCUGCACAUCAGCGCGACCAACACCAGAAGAAGCGGCGCAGAAGUUCCGGCAUUCCGCCCAUGAACUUCAAUAACCCUGACGAUGAAGUGUUCUCGUCUAGUCCCCUGAGUGGCAGCUCUGCUGGUGAUGCUGAUGAGGUCGUGGACGAAGAAGAUGACGAUGGCUCCAUCAGCGGCUCGGAAGAUGACGAUGGCACAAUGAUGAGCAUUGACGGAGGCGAAACUACUGAUAUGUCGAUGGCAUCAGUGAAGUCCGCUUCGACUGACUCAAGUGGUCGACUGGAGGCGGCCUUGAGAUUGGCAGCACGACAAGCGGGCACCCAAGGAACUGCAUUCGAUGAGCAUGGAGACUCUGAGCCAGAUGAUGAGGUUCUAGCCUCAUUUGCACCGUUUACAAAAAAGACUCCCGUGCAAAAUUUGGAAUCCCAACAAGACCAAGAGAAUGUCAACCCCUUUUUGCCAGCUUUCAAUUCUGCUGCUCCAUCGCGAGACAAGGAACCAUCUGAAGCGGAGGAAGCGACAAUGGAAAUGACUAUGGAGAUGACCCGUGCAGUUGGUGGUAUACUUCCUGGCCAACAGGCUGAUGAGGAUGAAAUGUCCAUGGACGUCACUCGAGCUUUCGGAGGUAUAAUUUCUAAUGAGGUCCCUAAGGCUGCGGAUUCAAGGAGAAAGUCAAUGUCUUCCACUCGUCGUCAGAGUACACGGAGGAGAUCAUCAGGCGAGGCGUCGUCUCUGGAAGAUGAGACCAUGGAUUUCACAAUGGCUGUUGGUGGUAUCCAGCCAACCCCGGACGAGAGUAUCUCAAACGAUGACGAAGAAAUGACUAUGGAAUUCACUUCGGUCGUUGGUGGAGUCCUUCCGCAGGGAAACCCUUCGACCAGAAGUCGGAGAUCUUCUAUGGCCCCAAACCAGAGACAAAGCAAGAGGAAUCGAGAGAGCUUGGAAUCCACUGCUGGAGAUGUUACCAUGGAUAUGACGGCUGCCAUUGGAGGAAUCAUGCCCUCAAUGACUGAUACCACCAUUGGUGAUAUCGAUGCCACUGUUGGAAUGGAAAUGACGACAGCCGUUGGUGGCAUUCUUAAUCCCCAGCCAAGUACCGGAAACCGGGCACGAGCGAAGAAGGUCAUGGAAUUAGAGACAGAUCUUGGGAGCUCUCCGUUCCAAGCAGAAGUUGCUGCCAACUCCCCCCCAAAGGUGUCAGCUCCUGUGCACACUAUCGCAUCUGAGACCGGCAGUCCAAGUCUCGCGGCUUUCCGGGGCAAAGGCCUACGAAGAAGCGUCGAAGCGCGAAAUUCGACAACGCCCAAAUCAAGGCCCAGCAGUGGAACUCCUGUUAAGAAGCCUGCAACUCCAUCCAAACAACUCACUCCCCAGCCUACGCAACCAACAAUACCGGGCAAAACGCCACCGUCUAGCAAUGUUGUUAUGCGUACAUCCUCUCCAAAGCGACUUUUCAAGGACGAGAUCAUGGCUGCCUCUUCAACUCCUCAGUCAUCUGCGAUUAAGAGCAAACAAUCGCCUACGAAGGCGACCCCUAAUAAAGUGACUCCCAACAAGGCAUCUCCCAACAAGGCACCUAACAAGGCGACUCCUAACAAGGCGACCCCUAACAAGGCGACCCCUAACAAGACGACCCCUAAUAAGGCGACCCCUAAUACGGCGAUUCGUAACAAAUUAUUCCAGGUGGAUAAGAAUAGCGGCGUACCGACUCCUAGCUUUGUCUUGACUCCUCAACGAAGGCUUUCUUCCGGCAUAGGUAUUGAUCGUGCCGGACUUGGGUCUCCUCGAGUUGCUGCGCUUCUGGACAGACGUGGAUCAAUAGGAGAACAGGCAGUCGCCUUUGUUCCAAGCCAAUUUGACAACAAUGGCCGCGGCGUACGCUUUGAUGAUCCUCGUGCAAUGGAAGAGGAAAUUGACAUGGAGAGAAAGAUCGAAGAAGAUAAGGAGAAUGGACGAACUAUCAUGGAGCGCGAAGCAGAUCCAAGGGAAGCAGAGAAGGAUGCAACUAUCAAUCUGAAAGAGAUGAUCCAAAGCAUGACGCCUAAGAAGUCACUCAAGGGUCGCAAGAGCUUGCAUAUCGGUACUGCCAAAGGAAUACUGGGUAAGCGGCCCGUUGAGCUUGAUGAGGAAGACGAGGAUGAGGAUAAUGGUGGAAUGAAACGUCUCAAGGGACACCAGGCAAGUCCUGUCAAAAAUGUCAAACUGCAAGGGCCGCCAUCGAAAGACGAUACCACUGGACGACUAACACGGGCUACUCGCAAAAGUCUCGAGACCUCCAACAACGCAUCUGUAACGCCAACCACAACAUCUUCGCCUGCCAAGGCGAAGUCUACGACGCCUCGCAGCAGCCAAUUCAAAGAUGCAGAUGCCAACGCCGUCGACCUAGAGCCAGUUCCUUUCGUAGAGAAGGGGCCCAUUGAAGACCCAGCAGUUAGCGAGGAAAGUAUUGAGGACGACCGCAUUCAGUUGCAGGACUUUUUAAACAUGACGAGCAUCCGCUUCAUGGAACUGACUACAACGAAACGAAGGCAUACCAUAGCACCGAAGGCGCCUAGUUCAAGACAUAGCAAGCAGGAAGAGUCCGACGUAUCUCUAGAGGAUUGUGUCGCUGCUGGAGCUGCCACCAUCCCAAUGCUUGAAUUAUUCCAACACGCAUGCCAUGAGCUCAAGAACUAUAUAUCUGAAGGUCGAAAGACUGUCCGCGAAAUCGAGACGGAGACUUUCGAAGAAAAUCCUCCGUUAUUCCGCGAAUAUAUUUCUGCCUCGCCUGAUGUCAAGGUCGUCAUGGACAAUCAAUUGAAAAAUGUCAAGACGCAUGCAAGACUGCUCAGCAAAGGCAUGUGGUAUGAAUGGCGGAUGACUCUUCUUGCGACCUUGAAAGAUGGCCUGUUGAAAACUGCAGAUGGCAUGCUCAAGGAUGAAGAGACGCUAGAUCAACAAUUAGCUCUUCUCGAUUCUGUCGUUCCUCACAUUAUUCGUCAAGCCGAGCAACUGGAACGUGAAGAGGCUGACUUGCAAUCUGCUGCCGAAGAGCUGGCCAACUGCGAUCAGGAAGAACUUAGCCAGGCUCGUCAGCAGCUGAUUACGGUUGACGCCGAUAUUGAGGCCAAAAGACAAUUGAUUACCGAAUUGCAGAAGCAACUUCAGGACAAGGAGGCGGAGAUUGUGGCAGGCACAGAACGAAAGCAGGCUUUCUUAGAAGACAUCCGGCAGGCGGAGAAGACUAGGGAAGAGUGCCGAGGCUGGAGUUCAAGUGAAAUCAGUCUGCUUAAAGGAAAAGUAGAUGCGAUAGAGAGGGAGCACGGCUGGACUAUUACCGGAGUCUCUGGUACUAUAACCUCCAUGACAUAUCGCAAAGAGAUCGAGCUUGUCUUUGAUGCAUCAUCAUUUUUGCCGAACGCUUCCAAUACAGCACAGCCAGCAAAUUCACGGAUUGAUCUUUGGUACAUCGCAGCGAACAGAGCAUCGUGUCCCAUACCAUUAACACCGCAAAUGGAUUUCUUCCUGCAAAAUAUCCGAGAUCACAUUCGCGGGUUACCUCAAGAGAAGACGCGGAUCAGAGACCUUCUCCAAGCGGUCAGUGCAGCUUGGAACAAAGCCAAUGCCGUCGCCGACAGUAUCCGACUUCUGAACGUUAGCUGCCCUACCGAGACCACGAAAACUUCAGACAACUCGAUGCUCGUAAAGUCGAUGCUUCUGAUAGGUCCCUUGGCCACAAAAGUUGAGAUCUCCUUUCACUUGACUUGUCAUAGCAGUGAUGAUGGCAUCAAAGUGGAAAUUUCGCCAAGUGCAACUGUGAUAUACGGAGAGCGCUUUAACGAGCCCAAGAUGAGAGAGUUCCUUCUCAACAGGUGCGGUGACUACGUAGAAGAGAAAGGUCAAUCGACCAAAGCAACCUGGGGUGCAGCUGUCGCUGAGCUGGGGGAGAGAUUGUUGGCGAGAGGGAGAAAGUAA